GGUUAACAGUGUUUGUGUGGGGAUGGGAGGCGUGACUAAAGAUAAAGUUAUCAAAUCACGGCAGAGAUCCGUCACAAAAUAUAAACGAAUUUUGAAAUAGUACUUCGUUAAGUUCCAAUUCCCGAACGUAAGCACUUUCUCUGUGAUUUGUCAAAAAAUACAAUGGAUACGUAUGAAAGUGUAUUACUUGUGAAAUCUGAAGUAUUUGUAUUUAAAAUUCCGCCAAGGUCAACGAAUAGGGGUUAUCGAGCAGCUGAUUGGAAUCUUCAAGAACCUACGUGGACUGGACGUAUGCGUCUUGUCUCUCAGGGAGACUCCAUUACUAUCAAAUUGGAAGAUAAAAUUACUGGAGAAUUGUUUGCAAAAUGUCCCAUAGAACAAUAUCCAGGAAUUGCAGUUGAACCAGUGACAGAUUCGUCUCGUUAUUUUGUUCUAAGAAUUCAAGAUGAUAAUGGAAGAUCGGCUUUUAUUGGUGUUGGAUUUCUCGAUAGAUCUGAUAGCUUUGAUUUAAAUGUUGCCCUCCAAGACCAUUUUAAAUGGCUUAGAAAUCAAGAACAAAUAGAAAAGGAAAAAGAUACACCAAAACAAGAGCUGGAUCUCAGAUUUAAAGAAGGAGAAACAAUAAAAAUAAACAUGAAAAUUACUAAAAAGGAUGGUAGUGAAGUUGCUGCUAAAACAAAACAACGUGCCAAUACAAACUUGGGUUUACCACCUCCACCAGGUGGUGUAAAAAUUGCACCACCACCUGCAAAAACUCCAACUUCAUCCCCAGCACAUAAACCUGUUCAGAAUCAAAAUCAACCAAGUUCUGAAUGGGGAGAAUUUGCAAGUGCAUCACAGCAAUCUCAAACUCAACAACCACCAACAGUGGGAAAUGCCAGUUGGGUUCAAUUUUAACUUGAAAGCAAAUAAUCAACAACGUUUAUUACGGGCAACAUUAAGCCGUAAACUGCGCAUAGCCAUAGCGCGACUAAAAUGACGUUGAACUGGACGUUGAAGUUGUCCAUUAACUAGACUAGAAUCUUCAUCACAUUCUACACUGCUUAAAACUACUAAUAGUACUCCAAGUACCUGCAAUAUAAAUAUUAUGUAUUUUGAAUAUAUAUCAUGAAUAACAAUUAUUUAUAUUUUAUUUUAAUAUAAUAUGUACUAAUGAAGCAAUAUAAUGAUACUUCUUUUUAUCUUACAUACCAGACAUAUAAUUAUCAGUAAUGUAUAGAUAUGUAUGCUUGCAGCCGGAAGUGAUUCCACCUCUCUUAAAGCUUCUGCUGCUUCAGAGAGAUCUGGUUUUAAUUCUAGAGCAUGUCGUAAAUGUACAGCUGCUUCUUGAUAAUGGCCAUAUGCCUAAAAAUGAAGGAAACAUUGUAAUGAUAAAUUAUCUCUUAAUGAUAUUUCAAAACAAGUUUAAAGAUUCUUUUGUAUUUGCAAGUUUUGUAUUAUAAAUAAGAAUCAUCAAAUAGAAUAUAUAUUUAAAUGCAUUAUUAUUACAUAAAACAAAUUUUACAUUUUUAAAACUUUCAAUUACCUUGAAUAUUUGACCAAGCGUAAGAUAUUGUUCCCAAGCAUUACGAUCUGGAGGUUGUAAUUCCAAAGAACGUCUUGCUAAAUAUGUUGCAUCAUCCAAAUAUUGUUGAACUAAUAAUACUCUAGCUAAAUUUAACAAAACUUCUGCAUUAUGUGGUGAUACAGCAAGUGCUCUGCGAAAGCAUUCAAUUGAUCUUUGUGCAUCACCCUUUAUGCGCCAAAAAUUUCCUAUUUGAUUGUAAAGUUGAACAGACUUUGGUUUCUACAACAAAUUCAAUAAAUAUUAUAUAUAUACAUAUA